AUGCAAAAUUCGAAAACAACGUCAUCUGAGUCCAGUGAACGUCAACAUAACAAGAAGCCAGAUGCUUUCAAACUUGAACUAUCCACUACUGUAUUCGUGGUUCCAACCAAAGGAACAUUACACAUUGAAGUCAAAAAUAUAGCGAAAAAAGUGCAAGAAGUACUGAUAACUCUCGAAUCGGCAAUCUUCACAAUUCAAAAUUUUCAAAAAGAAGUCUACCCAGCACAACAAGUGUCGAUGAUUCUGAAUCCGAUGGAGACGAAAAGUUUCACAAUUUCCGUUCGAGACCAUUUCCCCGAACCAUUCACAUUUGAGAAGAAUCAAUUGAAAAAUCCCGAAGGAGAGCUCACAAUUUCUCAUUGUGGCACGACGAAAAAGACUGGGAAAGUUGAGUUGGAUGUUGGAGAGAAUGGUCUCAUGAUUUUAGGAGUUGAGAAGAAUGAAAAAUUGAGAUGGGGAAUGUUUUCUCAUAAUAUUAUGAUGGAUAAUGCAACGAGAGAGUUGAAGGAACAAAAGGAAAGAUAUUUGAGAGAAAGAAAAGAGUUUGAGGAUCGGAAAAGUGGAAAAUCAUCGAAGGAAAGUGGAUCGGAGAAGGAGAAAGAUGUAUUCGAAUGUUGUGGGAUUAGUUGUGUUAUCGCCUGA